AUGGUGGCCCUGCUUCGAGGUGUUGGUAUUUUGGUUCUAACCCUGCACUCGGUGCUCGGAUGGUAUAUUGCAGCCGCUAUACACACAUUUCCCCAACCCGAACCCCUUGGUACCACUGGCCAGAAUCUCGAAGAUCCCGACAUCGAUUCCCCCGAUUAUGGUAGAGGCCAAAUCGAAGGCCCACCCCCCAAUCCACCCCCUGGUGGUCCAACGUUAUUUCCUGGGUUCGCUGGCGGUGGCCAGGGUACUGAAGACAAUGCUGGAAAUGAUGGCCAGACAGAUGUAGGCCAAGACGAUCUCUACGGAGCCCAACAGGAAGCCGCAAAGACUAGAAACUACGAAAACCAGUUGCCGGUGCAGCAUCAUCCAACCCCUGGGGUAUACCCGCGCCGGGCACAGAAUCUAGGCACUGUCAUCCAGUUUGCCAUGGUCCCGGCGCGAACGGCGCCCACGAGACGCCAGCAAAUUUCGGCAGAGUUGACGGUGGAGGAGACGGGGCCGUCGCUGAAUCACUACAUACAAACUACAAAUCGAGAGCUGGGGGAUCGACUGGAUUAUUAUGAUCAGAUGUGGGUGCAUGAUAAUAUGGAACCGGGGGAGAGAAACCCCACUCAACCAUUGGCCACCGAACCGUCCGGCUACGAGAGCUUCGCCCCGAAUGACUCGCCCGGGCAACAAACCGGCAGUACUGCGCCCCCUUUCGAGCCGUCGGAGUACCGC